AUCCAAGGAGGAAUCCAAGCCAGCAACCCACCCCCGCUUGCUUCGCUUCUCCUCCUCCUCGGCGAGUCGGCGUCUCCUCCCGGCUCGGGCAUCCGAUACGGCGUCGCGUACGAGGCACGGCGCGGCUGCCUGCGGAGGCCAAGGUGCGCUCCCUCCUCGGUCGUUUCUUGGAUGUUUGGGAGUGAAAGCUGAGGCGUUUUGGAUCCGAAGAACUAUAAGAUACUGCAGAACGUUUCUUGCGGUAUUUUUUCUGCCUAAUAAUAUGGAGGAAUAUUCAAAUAGGAGAUCCAAAACAGAAAUUGGAUUUCUCAGAAGGGGUUCCAGAAUCCCUUGGAGAAAUCGAAGCCCCGAAGAGACGACCAAUCACAACAGUGAUGGACCGGGAAGCAGUGUGAGACUCAAUUAUAUGAAAACCGGGACAGCUGAUAAUCAUGAGAGACCAAGAUAUUUACAUGACCCGUUUAAAUCAUCAAGCUCAAAAGCUAUGCCUGCAAGCUCUUCCAAGUUUCCACUUGGAAAGUUUGAAGAAAAGCGAAGGCAGUCAAUGUUCGUAGGUGUUGACAUUGCUGAAAGUAGUGGUAGAAGAAAGCCUGAGGUCAAGCAUCUGGAGGGUAGCAAGAAAAUUGUUGCAGAGGAUGAUAUUUCAGACGCUCCGCAAACUGAGACAGAAGAUUUUGCUACUGAAGAAAGUCAACUGUUAGCACCUGAUCCCCUAGUUUCGCUUUCUGCUGGUUCUUCAGGUAUUUCUGUACAUAGAGUUGAGUCUUUCGCCAGGAGUGCUUCACUAAGUUCUAGGACACAUAAACAAAAGGAUAAAGAAGUGAAAUUGGGUACUCCAGGAGCCUGCUCGUCGUCUUUUCCUAAUCGCCCUACUAUACCUUGUAAUUCUGCCAUUGGUGUGAAGCCAUCUUAUGGUCAUGUUAGUAGAGUACAGAGGCAUGGUCUUAAAAACAUUGCUUCUGCUUCAGUACCUGAUGUUCAGCCGUCAGGUUGCCCAUCAGAUUCUGUUCAUAAUAGAAGGUUCGAGGCUAUGAGAAAGAGGGCUUCUGAUGGGGAAAGCUCUUCCAGAUCAAGGAGCUUAAGUGGACCAUCCAAUUUAGGUCAUUCACCUACAUAUCUUCGCGACACUGGUUCUCAAAUUAGAACGAGGGACCUAUCACUUUCUCAACAAAUAAUACGAAGCAGCAGCAGAAAUAGUCAGGAUUUGGCAGUUUCAGUAAGGACUAGACGAUCUUCUCCUCAGGAUACUAGGUUCAGGGUGUCUGAGGAAAGAGAGGAUGGCAUGCUUUCUCUGCAUGACUCAUCCACAAGGAAUCAACAAUCAGAUCAGUCACACUUUUCUUUCACAGAAAUCUCUCCAGAGAGCUCAAUAAGACCAUUCUCAGUGGAAUUGCCUCAUGAACUUUACUCAUCUAGUCGUCAUGGCUCAAAUACUCAGACUGCAAGGAGAAGAUCAGGUUCUCUUUUUGAAGAAAGUCCUCCGCAAAUUUCUCAUGGUCCCUUGAGGGAGAGAGGUAGUCAAAGACGCAUGACCAUGGAAGGAAUUGCAGAGGUUUUACAAGCGCUGGAGAGGAUUGAACAAGAAGCAGAGCUGACUUAUGAGCAAUUGAUGGUGCUGGAAACUAAUUUAUUCCUUGGUGCUUUUGCCACCCUUGAUCAGCAUAGAGACAUGCGGAUGGAUAUUGACAAUAUGUCAUAUGAGGAGUUAUUGGCAUUAGAAGAGAGAAUAGGAUCUGUAAGCACUGCCCUUUCUGAAGAGCAAUUCGUGAAAUGCCUCAGAAGAGAUAGAUAUAGACCAGGUGCUGCUGCAGGAAACAAAUCAAUCGUAGAUGACAUCAAAUGCAGCAUAUGCCAGGAGGAUUACAUGGACGGUGAAGAAGUUGGCCGGUUGCCAUGUGAACAUCAGUAUCAUGUGUGCUGCAUCCAUCAGUGGCUUAGACAGAAGAACUGGUGUCCGGUAUGUAAAGCUUCAGCAGUACCUUCUAUGAAGUAAUCCAAGGAUAUCCAAGCUUAUAAAUUAGCAUGUGUUUAGCUUCUGUCAGUGCUGUGAACUUGUAAAUAAUACUGACUGGAUUCACCCCGAUCCCUGAAUGUCAGAUUUCUUGUGACCAGAAAAGAUUAUCCAAGUUGAGUCCUUUUUUCCUU